UCACCCCGAGCCCCAUCAUGGCCGUCAGCGCCAUCUUCAUCGAGCUGCAGGCCUUCCUGGCCGCCGAGCAGGACAUCCGAGAGGAGAUUCGGAAAGUGGUUCAGGCUUUAGAACAAACGGCCCGAGAGAUUUUGACACUGCUGCAAGGAGUUCAUCAAGGCACCGGAUUUCAGGACAUUCCGAAGAAGUGUCUGAAAGCUCGAGAACAUUUCGGCACAGUAAGAACUCAGUUAACAUCGCUGAAGACCAAGUUUCCUGUGGAGCAGUACUAUAGAUUUCACGAACACUGGCGGUUCGUCCUGCAGCGCUUGGUCUUCCUGGCAGCGUUUGUCGUCUAUCUGGAGACGGAGACUUUAGUGAGUCGAGAGGCGGUCACAGAAAUACUCGGAAUUGAACCCGAGCGAGAGAGAGGAUUCCACUUGGAUAUCGAGGACUAUCUUUCCGGAGUUUUAAUUCUUGCCAGCGAACUGUCCCGGCUGUCCGUCAACAGCGUCACCGCGGGGGAUUACUCCCGCCCGCUCCACAUCUCCACUUUCAUCAACGAGCUGGAUUCCGGCUUCCGCCUCCUGAACCUGAAGAACGACUCGCUGAGGAAGCGCUACGAUGGCCUGAAGUACGACGUGAAGAAGGUGGAAGAAGUGGUCUACGACCUGUCCAUCCGAGGAUUCAACAAGGAGGCGGCGGCCGCGUGCGCGGAGAAAUAGGGGAUGCCCCCUGCCCCGCCGCUGCUGGCCCGGUUUACCUCAGAGGGCUGCCGAUCCGGGGAGGGGGGGGGGCUCUCACGAUAGUUUAGGAGACCCAAACACUGAAUACGGAUCUUUAUUUUCUUACCGAUCGCGCGGUGCCGGCGUCCGUCGGGUACCGGCACGCCAGCGCGUUUUCUAGGAAUAAUCGAAAUGGCCCGGCCAGGACUGAAUUCCCGUUGUUGUUAAGGCCUGCGAAGGGGCGCUUGAGUAAUUCAGAGUCCCUCCGUCCUGUGAACCGCAGUAGUUGCCGUGAGAAACGGCAGCUCUCCGGCUUUCUGUUGAAUGGUCUGCCGUCCCUUUGUCGUCGCCUGCCGUCAGAGAGCCGUCCUAGCCUUCCCAAAAACGCACGCACCCUCAGAGGAAGAGGCACAGGUAGGGAUUUAGGAAAAACCAACGGCCCGCUUCCUCACUACGCGCGGCUGCCUUCUUUUGUCUUCAAACCUCGGGAGGAGAAGUUGCGGUUUUGCCGCUCCCCAGGUUCCCUCGGGCCUAGUUCUCCCCCAAAAAAGGAAAAAUGGGCCCUGUUGAAUAGGUCCAGUUCAGAUUUUGUUCCUUUUUAAGUAAUUCUCCCCCAAAAAGGAAAAACGGGCCCUGUUGAAUAGGUCCGGUUCAGAUUUUGUCCCUUUUUAAGUAAUUCUCCCCUAAAAAGGAAAAACGGGCCCUGUUGAAUAGGUCCAGUUCAGAUUUUGUUCCUUUUUAAGUAAUUCUCCCCCAAAAAGGAAAAACGGGCCCUGUUGAAUAGGUCCGGUUCAGAUUUUGUCCCUUUUUAAGUAAUUCUCCCCCAAAAAAGGAAAAACGGGCCCUGUUGAAUAGGUCCAGUUGAGAUUUUGUCCCUUUUUAAGUAAUUCUCCCCCAAAAAAGGAAAAACGGGCCCUGUUGAAUAGGUCCAGUUGAGAUUUUGUCCCUUUUUAAGUAAUUCUCCCCAAAAAAAGGAAAAACGGGCCCUGUUGAAUAGGUCCAGUUGAGAUUUUGUCCCUUUAUAAGUAAUUCUCCCCAAAAAAAGGAAAAACGGGCCCUGUUGAAUAGGUCCAGUUCAGAUUUUGUUCCUUUUUAAGUAAUUCUCCCCUAAAAAGGAAAAACGGGCCCUGUUGAAUAGGUCCGGUUCAGAUUUUGUCCCUUUUUAAGUAAUGCCACUUCUACGUAGAGAAGGGGGCUUUCCCUCCAGGCAGAUGUUUUGUGUUUUCGGUGUUCACGUUCCUCCGCUGCAACUCUUGGUCUCACGUUGUCAUUUCUUUAGCGGCAGCACUCUGCGUGUCCCAGUUCCACGGUCCGUAGAGGCCGAGGGCGAGUCUGGGCUGCCGGCCGUAUGCCAAAACGUAUCCUAGAUGCUACUUGAAACCAGUGGGCAGUAGGCAUCCUUUUGUGGAUUUGUGAAUAAAGCAAAGAAGAUUUCGUAUAUUUUUAUAUUCGUUUGGCAUAGCAGGUCUGUUACCGAAGGCCGCCCAAGAACCAGAUGUCCGGCUUUUGACCCCUGAUAAAACAGUUAUAGCCUCUAGGACAAACUUCAGGGUUUUGUUUUGUUUUUUUUCCCCCUUCCAAAAUUUCUUUUUUAAAUGAAACAUCCGAUUUUCUCCAACUCCUAGACAAGCAGUUUAUAACCCUUCCCCGACUCAAAGCUUGCGUUCCGAAAGUCGCGGAGGAGAGAUUGCUGUUAAUUACUUUUGCAAAAGUGCGUUCUGCCCCUUCUCUGUUGCCGCUUCUUCCUUCCCCUAAAGCAAUGGGCAAUAAUAGACGGAGAAGCAGUAGCGGUUAGGAGCGGGUUUGUAGUUGAGUGGGGCGGCCCCCUCUCCCCCGCCUCAGGCCCACCGCUGAUUUUCUCUGACCGAAUCGUGUCAUCUCGAGGCAACCUCAUCUUUUCCAACUGCGAAAUGGGGCAGAGAGAGGAUCCGCCACCCUGUUCGACGAGGGCGUUACGAGGAGGGUUGAGGCAGCGGCCUCGCGCUCGAGCGGAGAGAAGAGGCUCUGAGAUUCAAGGCGACCGGUGGUAUUUAACCCAGCCCGGUCCUCCGACGGAUAACGUAGAUCAGGUACACUCCCAUCAUCCUUAGGCGUGGAAACCCGUUUGAAGGGAGUGGAAAUAAGAGCGCGUCACGAUUUGGGGGCAAACUCUGGAUUUUUUCAUUCCCGCCGAGCGGCCAGGAAGGACGCGUCGGGAGUCCUCGCGGGCUUACCGAGGUUUGCCCCGUAGGCCGGGAUGAUCCGUCCCUCUCCGUCGGGACUGGAGAGGAUUUUCAAGUGGAUCACGUAGGAGAGGUGAAGUUUUUGACGGUAGUUUUGGGUUUUGGGGGGGGAGGUGGGGGGGGGGUUUGGCCUUGUAACCACACGUUCUGAGUUGCUGAAGGGAUUAAAAGUGCCGUGGAAAGGCAGGGGACGAUCACCGGAGCGGAGUUAGGGAAAAGGAGGGCGGCCCACGCCCGUGUAGGGGGAAGAGUCAGGUGACCAAAGAGAGCAGCUUGGAUGCGCGUCCUGUUAAUUCUCCAGUUGUAUUUGUCGCUGCCGGUGUGUUGUAAGCAAUAAAUCUGGUUUUUUGUUUCCUC